UCCCUUCCUCCUUUCCCAACUCCCAUCCAUUCCUUUCUCCUCUCCCUCUCUAUUUCCGGAAGGUUCUGCGUCAGCUGCGCCCGUCUGGACGAGGUGAGGCACAAAGAGAUCCCCAAAGUGGCCGAACCUCUGGAGGAAGGCGAUGGCCGGAUGUUCUACGGCGUGGCCACCAAGAACGGCGUGCAGUACCGCGUCGGGGACGGCGUCUACCUGCUGCCCGAGGCCUUCGCCUUCAGCAUGAAGCCCGCCAGCCCGGCCAAGCGCCCCAAAAAAGAGGCUGUGGACGAAGACUUGCACCCCGAGCACUACCGGAAGUACUCCGAGUACAUCAAGGGCAGCAACCUGGAUGCCCCCGACCCUUUUCGUGUGGGGCGCAUCAAGGAGAUCUUCUGCCACAUCCGCAGCAACGGGAAACCCAACGAGGCCGACAUCAAACUGCGCAUCUGGAAGUUCUACCG